AUGGCUGAUUCCAAGGAUCGAGCUGUGGUCCCGACCUGGGACGGUGCGGCCAGGUCAUGGCGCAGGUACACCCGCGAGGUGGCCUGGUGGGUGCAAUCAGUGCCGGUGUACAAGCGUCGCUACUGCGGAGCUCAGCUUCUGUCACGAUUGACAGGCCCCGCGCGGCUGCUAGCGAUGAGUUGGUCGACAUUGGUGCUAGAUAGCAAGGAUGGUGUGAAAGUGCUACUGCAAAAGCUGGCGAGCUCAUUGUUGGUGAGGAAAUCCCUUCCGAAUGCUGCGGCGAUCUGCCAGCAGUACUUUUCCUUCAGGAGGAAUCCUUCGGAGACGAUCGGCAACUUCUUGGUGAGGGAGACUUUGGUGCACGAGGAGUUCGUGGAGGCGAUCAUUCGUCUUCACGAAGAGAAAGAAGGCCUGACCCAGGACCAACGGGACUUCGGUCUGCCACGCUUAGACGAGGAAUGGGAUGACGAAGACUGGAGCGGAUCCUGGGGCUGGUGGAACUAUGACGAUGGCUACGAGGCCCCGGACGCCGAAGAUGCCCCUCCCGACGAUUCCGCCGACCGAGAAGGACCUGCUGAGGGAGAUCCUGAACGAGAAGGAGAUGGUGCUGCUUACCACGGUGCUGCUCCAGGUUCUUCGCCGAGCCAUCGCUCCAUGGCUGAUGCUUCGCCGACAGCACGGACUGCUGGCGGCAGUCCACAAGUGGGCACACCGCCCACGGCCAAGACUGCCGUGAAUGAGAUGACGGUGGCCGACUCCUUCAUUAUGGGAGUGCUCCAGGCAGCCGGCCUGUCGGCGGAAGAGAAAAGGGACAUCCUGUCCUCCACGAAGAACUCUUUGGACUACGAUGUAGUGGCAGCAGCACUGCAGAGUCUGUGGGAUGAUCAACUUUUGGGACAUCGCGGCCACGGUGGAGCUCCUCACCAUCUUCACUUCGUGGACGCCCAGGUCCCAGGUCAGUCGGAAGCCUUCUACGUGGACCACGACGACUGGGCGUGGAACGAGCCAAGCUGGUACGAGGGCUACUACGCUGGUGAGGAGGCCUGGGAUGACUCGGAGACUCGGACCACUGGUGGAGUCCUGGACGAUCCGAAAAUGAAGGAGGCGGCGAAGGCCGAGAAGAUUGCGGAGAGCCUCGCUGUGGACGUGGACGGAGGCACAACGGGCGACGCAACAGCUAAGGGCAAGGGCCAUGGCAAGAAGGGUGCCUUCUACGCGGACUACGAGUCCCCCGGCAAGGGAAAAGGGAAGAGCAAGGAUUCUUCCGGUUUUCGCCAGGUCAAUGCCUACAGCAGCGAUAUGUUUGUUGGUGGACUAGAGCUGUCCGAUGCCUUCGAAGCCGCUACCACCGAGCUUGCCAAGCCUGAGGUUCGACCGCAAGUUGGGAUGUUAGACAGCGGAGCGACGGCAUCGGCUGCUCCGGAUGCCGUUGUGCAAGGGCUGAUUUCAGCCGUGUUGUCUCACGACCGCAAUGCGAAGAUCGAACUGGACCAAGGUGCGCGGUACCACCCGAAGAUUCUCGCUGUACACGUUGCCUAA